UAACAAUAUCUCGGAGAGGAGGAGGACAAGUGUGUGUAGAACAAGCAUUGAAAUAGAGAGUGAAACUGAGAUGGAAGAUGACUAUUUAUAUAUGGCCAAACCAAUCAUGGACCUCUCUAGUUUCUUUCUUUUCUUCUCUCUCAACCCACGAAAACAAAUACUAGCUCCUUCACCCUCCACAGGAUCAAGAAAUGGCAGGCACACUGGGGAGAAACCUUCACCUCUGCUUCACCAAGAUCAGGCGUCCGCCAGAGCCCCAAUCUCCUUCUAAUCUUCUAUCUCCACACGAUCAUAGCCAUCCACUUAUCGUAAAAAACUAUAACUCUCUCUUUGACUACUACACCUUUGACUCUGCUUCCAAAUCCCCAACUCACUCAUCAUCUUCCUCAUCUGAACCUGACUUCGCCACCGUAUUCGCCUCCCAACGUUUCUUCUUCUCCUCCCCAGGCCGCUCCAACUCCAUCAUCAAAUCUACACCUUCCAUUGACACUCAUACGCAAUCUUCUGACUCCCUGGUAGAACUAAAGUCUAAUGAUACUGAGCCACUUUUGGACACUGGCACUGCUAAUAAUGAUCAAUCCGACGGCCGGUCGUCUUUUGAAUCGUGGAACUCUGCUGCCACAGUUAAAGACAGCGUAGCAGUCCCUACGUACUCGCCAGACCCUUAUUUGGACUUCAGGCGAUCCAUGCAGGAGAUGGUUGAGGCGCGGGACAUGGUAGACGUGAAGGCCAAUUGGGACAACUUGCAUGAGCUUCUGUUGUGUUAUCUUGCACUAAAUCCUAAGAGUACUCACAAGUUCAUCGUUCGAGCUUUUGCUGACCUCAUUGUUAGUCUCUUGGCAUCUCAGCCGGCGGUAGCGGCGGAGGGAGAGUAAUCUGGAAGCCGACCCUGUGAGAUCUAGCAGCAAUGCUUGUAACAUGUAAUGUGGGUUGUCGGAUAAUGAUUUGGUAAUUUUCAAUAUUUUUAUGUGGGGAAAGUAGCCCCUCGCUCUUUUUAUCUCUAUCUAACAACUUAUCCUUUGCCCUACUCCCUUUGCUUUUCGUCCUUGUUGGCUCCAAUUUUCUUUUCCAAGAAUUUGCUCACUGUAGAAGUUCUUAGUUCAAGUAGAAAUUAAAAUUUCAUAGUCUUUCUUUAUUUUUCAGUUUUCACUCCAUUUUGCUAUC